AUGGGUUUAGGGGCUCUUACAGCGCCGCCCGCGCGAAAAUGGAAAAUAAAACACACGCAGGGUACCCAUAGCAGGCGCCCGAUUCCCCCGGAAGGCUGGAAGCACACAAGGCGCCCCGUCCAAGGAGAGCGGGGCAGUGACCUAUUCCUUUUGGGGCUAUGGAAUAUAAGCCGGCUUCGGCGCGGCGUCGAUGGACUGCAUGGCUGCGGGGGAAGAAUUCGGAAAAUCCCUAAGAAGCGGGCCGCCUAUUAUGUUACGUCUCGGAAUAUUUGCCGGGGGCGGCUUCAUUCGUUAAGAUUGCCCUAUCGGCGGGAAUGUGGCGCCCGUUUCGGUGUCGAAUGGCGGAAGGCCCUGUCGUGA